CAUGACGCCGCCCGUUCAAAAUAUCGGUGGACUCGAGGAAGUACAGCAGCUGACUGGUCAAGAAAAUACUUGAUGUAAAUGUACAUUAAUUUGACUCUGCACUUAAAACCGGACAGCAGGCCUCGUGUGAGGACUCAUCAUGUCUCUGCUCGCAGUGGGAAGCAUACUGCUGCUGCUGUUUGGAUAUUCACUCGGGGCGCCUCCGUCAUUCAGCGUGGAUUACAAGAAUGACUGCUUUCGGAAGGAUGGGGAAGAGUUUCGUUACAUAGCAGGAAGCAUCCAUUACAACAGGGUCCCCAGAGUCUACUGGAAGGAUCGACUGCUUAAGAUGUACAUGGCAGGACUGAAUGCCAUCCAGACGUACAUCCCCUGGAACUAUCACGAGGAGUCUCCGGGCCUCUACAAUUUUAGCGGAGAAAGGGAUGUGGAAUAUUUCCUUAAGCUGGCCCAAGACAUCGGCUUACUGGUCAUCCUUCGGCCUGGUCCCUACAUAUGUGCAGAGUGGGACAUGGGUGGGCUGCCUGCCUGGCUUCUCAACAAGAAAGACAUUGUGCUGCGGUCCUCAGAUCCAGAUUACAUUGCAGCAGUAGAUAAGUGGAUGGGGAAGCUACUGCCAAUGAUAAAGCCAUUUCUCUACCAGAAUGGAGGUCCUAUCAUCACUGUGCAGGUGGAGAAUGAGUAUGGCAGUUACUUCGCCUGCGACUACAACUACAUGCGUCACCUGUCCACGCUGUUCCGCUCUCACCUGGGAGAGGAGGUGGUGCUCUUCACCACAGAUGGAGCUGGGAUCGGCUACCUCAAGUGUGGCACAAUACAAGGUCUCUACGCCACUGUUGACUUUGGGCCAGGCGGAAAUGUAACUGCUGCCUUCGAGGCACAGAGACACGCUGAACCUAGUGGACCUUUGGUGAACUCUGAAUUUUACACUGGCUGGCUGGACAACUGGGGGUCACCUCACUCCGUCGUGUCGUCUGCCAGAGUGGCCAAGUCCCUCAACGAGAUCCUGGCCGCUGGAGCAAAUGUCAACCUGUAUAUGUUCAUAGGAGGAACUAACUUUGGAUACUGGAAUGGUGCCAAUGCACCAUACUUGCCGCAGCCCACAAGCUACGACUACGAUGCCCCGCUCACAGAAGCAGGAGACCUCACAGAGAAGUACUUUGCUAUACGAGAGGUGAUCAAAAUGUACCAUAAGAUACCAGAGGGACCAAUACCACCAACAACUCCAAAGUAUUCCUAUGGGACUGUUGUUAUGAAAAAGCUCCAGACGGUACUAGACGCUUUAGAAAUACUGUCUUUCUCCGGGCCCAUCAAAAGCUUGAAUCCUCAGACUUUCGUUGAACUGAACCAGGCCUUUGGUUUUGUGCUCUACAGGACGACUCUGCCUGUUAACUGCAGCACACCAACUCCACUGUCGUCCCCGCUGAACGGCGUUCAUGAUAGAGCGUAUGUGUCAGUGAACGGGGUGGCUGUGGGGAUUCUCGAAAGGAACAAAGCCCUAACUAUCAACGUGACAGGGACAGCUGGCAGUCAGGUGGACAUACUGGUGGAGAGCAUGGGCCGAAUCAACUACGGAAGAGACAUCAAUGACUUUAAGGGCCUGGUGUCCAACUUGACCCUGGGGACAGAUACGCUCCUUGGCUGGACCAUGUACAGUCUCAGUGUCGAUGAAGCAGUCAGUCGCGGCCUUCUCAGUGAAACCAAACCAACAGACCCACCUCAGCCUGCUGCUCUUUCCCUUCCAGCCUUCUACGAGGGAAGUUUCAUCAUUCCUGACGGUAUCCCAGACCUGCCCCAGGACACCUACCUCAAACUGCCCAAAUGGAGAAAGGGGCAAGUUUGGAUUAAUGGUUUCAACUUGGGACGUUACUGGCCGAGCCGAGGUCCUCAGUUGACUCUUUUUGUCCCGGCCAACAUCCUCAGCACAGCUGCACCCAACAAUGUGACUGUCCUGGAGCUGGAAGAGGCCCCCUGCAGCUCAGGGCCAUGCAGUGUGGAGUUUACUACAACCCACAUCCUGAAUGCAACAGUCCUGUCUGACUACAAACAGCACAGGAGACUCUUCAAUAAAGACGAUUUGUUGUGAUAAGAAGGGAACUCGCUGCUGCGCAAAAGGAAUCAAUUUGCACUUCUCGCUGAUGAACAAAUCCCAAAUGAGCACAUGCUGUGUGAGCUUGAUGUGUUGUUUUUUUUUUAUUUUAAAAAGCUGUAAUGUGUGAAAGAAGGUAAAUCUGGGACAUCAAUGAUUGAACGUGUCUUUAUGAAAAGUGUACAAAUACAUUUUUUGCCUUAUGUUUUAUUAAACCAUCACAUCAGCUCUACCUCGCUGAUCCUGUAUGACAUUUUUAUUGAAAACCUUUUUUUUUCUUCACAAAAAUUGGAUAUUGCCAAGUGAAGCACUGUCAAAUCAUCACAGCAGCCUGUAUUUCAGAGAAUGUGUUAUUUUUUUAUGUCACAGACUCAUCAGGGAAAUACUAUAUGUAUUAUCAUACAACUACAGGUGCACUGUGGGACUUCUGAUAUGUCCAUAGAUUAAAUGAUUUGUCCUGAUUAAAGCUAUAUUUAAUUUGUUGUAGUAAAGAUGGAGAAUGUAUGUGAAUCUCUGCCUAAACUGUGUCUUGGUGGCAGCUUUGGAAAUAAAAUGAAUGGGAAUAAUGGGGGGUAAGAUUACAAUAAUGGCUAUGAACUAAACUCUUUUUAACAAUAUUUUUCUUGAAUAAAUCAGCGGUAUGUGUA